ACACAUACAACUGAAACAAUGAGUAAAGAAAACCACUCAGUGGUGACUGAGUUUAUCUUUAUGGGCAUCACUCAGGACCCUCAGCUGCAGAUCAUCUUCUUUGUGGUCUUCCUCAUAGUCUACCUGGUCAAUGUAGUGGGAAAUGUUGGUAUGAUUAUCCUGAUCAUAACAGACACUCAGCUUCAUACACCCAUGUAUUUUUUCCUCUGCAACCUCUCCUUGGUUGACCUGGGCUAUUCCUCAGCCAUUGCCCCCAGGAUGCUGGCUGACUUUCUAACAAAAUACAAAGUGAUCUCCUUCUCCAACUGUGCCACCCAGUUUGCUUUCUUUGUAGGUUUUGUGGAUGCCGAGUGCUAUGUCCUGGCUGCCAUGGCCUAUGAUCGUUUUGUGGCCAUCUGUCAACCCCUCCACUACAGCACCCUCAUGUCCAAGCGGGUCUGCUUGGCUCUCACGCUGGGCUCUUACCUGGCUGGGCUAGUGAGCUUAGUAGCCCACACUAUUCUCACCUUCGGCCUGAGUUACUGUGGUUCCAAUAUCAUCAACCAUUUCUUCUGUGAAAUCCCACCACUCUUGGCCCUCUCUUGCUCUGACACCUACAUCAGUGAGCUCUUGCUCUUCAGUCUGUGUGGCUUCAUUGAAUUCAGCACCAUCCUCAUCAUCUUCAUCUCCUAUGCCUUCAUUCUCAUUGCAAUUAUCAGAAUGCGCUCAACUGAAGGUCGUCUUAAGGCUUUCUCCACCUGUGGGUCUCACCUUACUGGGGUCACCCUCUUCUAUGGCACAGUCAUGUUUAUGUACCUGAGGCCAACAUCCAGCUACUCCCUGGAUCAAGAUAAGUGGGCCUCAGUAUUUUACACAAUUAUCAUCCCCAUGUUGAAUCCUUUGAUCUAUAGUUUACGGAACAAGGAUGUGAAAGUAGCUUUCAAAAAACUAAUUGGGAAAAAACCUCAAUAAUAACCAAAAAAAAUGAAAAUCUGAUCUUAUAGAUCAAUGAAAGUGACAGAAGAAUGGUGGCAGGAAAUAGAAAA